CUGCGACACACCCACCAACCGAGAAACAAGUAGGACUGCUUCACCGGGCAGAGGGAACAUUCCGUUCAACCCAGAAACCGGAAUAAAACCUAAAUUCAAGUUAGUGAGCUUCAACAUCUCCACCUGAAAAGUGCAGAUGUGCCCUCUGGCUCCCUUGUUUGGUCACAGUCAGUUUUUUUCAGAGAUCCUAAACGACCUCUGACCUCUCUUCAUGACGUCCAUCACCGCAGCCGAAGGAUUAGGGGCCGUGACUCAGAAUGAAAACGCCAUCCCGCUCCAGACUGCUGUCUACGCCCCACUGGCCCCGCCCCCAGCCGCAAAGGCCUCGCCCACCUCCCCAGCAAACAUCGCCAUGAAGGCCGUCUUCCUGAAGCCGCAACCACUGGUCCUCGGGAUUAUUCAGAUCUUGGUCAGCCUGUUGUGUACUGGGAUCAUUCUGGCCAAUAUCAAUAGACUGACCGUAGUUCACGUCGUCUUGUCCCCCUUCCUGAUCACCUCCUUGCCCUCCGGAUCUCUGAAUGCUGUGGUGGCGAAGUGGACGAGACUUGGACUGGUCUGGGCAUCUCUGGUGUUCAACGUGAUCAACGUCAUUCUUAUCUCACUGGGUGUGUGUAUUCUCAUCUUGACAUGGGGGACAUUUAAAUUUUACCAUGUCAUCCUGGGUGUCUUCGCCCUGCAGAUUUCUUUCAGCCUCACUGUCAGUGUUUUCUCUUGCAAAGCCAUCAGUGUCCGCAGACGCUACCGCCCAAUCCUGCACGCCAUGUUUGAAGAGCCAGAGAGGCAGCGUCCCCCGCAGGGUGUGUUUCCUGUUAAAGGUCAUGUGACGGGCAAACUUUAA